GAAGAACGGGUGAAGGAGGGGAGAUGUAGGUUUAAGGAGGGUUUAAUAGCCGCCACUCUGAUUCUCUUCUUCAUUCUCCCACUACUUCGAAAAUUUUAACUUCGCUUCCUCACUUCUCGCCUUGAGUUCUUCGUCUUCAAGCUUGUUUGCUCACUUUCUUACUUCCUGAAACUAUUUCGGAGAAACUGCUCAUGUUUACCAUCAAAUUUUUAUCUUCUUCUUAUCCAUCAACCGCCUUUUGAAUUGCUUGAAUUCGUCGUUUCAGCAAUUGGGGAUCUCUGGUACCAAACAAUGUGGAGAAACGUUUUGAAAAGAGCUGCUUCAAGGAAAGCUACAUUAUUCUCCGAGCUGUCUUCUUCUACCUCAAGAAAAGUUACUGAAGACCAUAUCUUUCUCGAUCAAAUUAGAUAUUCCAGGUCGCUAGAAACCUUGAACACUUGUUGCCAAUCAGGGGACUCUAGUAGAAUCAGCUUUCUCCAUCCCCAAAAAGUUGGAUUUACGAACUCCAAUUUCCCACAUUCAAGCAAUCCAGUGGCGUUUUAUGGUGUUCUAAACCAUGCUGAAGGCUACGCUACUGCUGCCGAGGCAGCCAUUUCCGAAGGGGAUUUAUCGGGCUCCGAAGAAAUUCAGGAAAUAAUGGAGGGGAUAAGCAAACAAGAUAAGGUGGAGCCUCACUUUAAGAAGCCUAAGAGGAUGGUCGAUAGAAAAGGGGAAGCGACGUACGAUAUGCUACGGAAGAGACAGAUAAAGAUAGAGACAGAGGCAUGGGAAGAGGCUGCUAGAGAAUACGAAGAACUUAUAGCGGAAAUAUGUGAGCAGAAGCUGUCGCCCAAUUUACCUUACAUGAAGUCUUUAUUCCUUGGUUGGUUCCAACCCUUUCGUGAUGCAAUUGUUGCAGAGCAAGAAUCAAUCAAGAGUAAGAGUAAGAAUUUCUGUCCGAAUCACGCUCCUUAUUUCAAUCUUCUACCGGCAGAUAUGAUGGCAGUGAUUACAAUGCAUAAGUUAGUGGGGGUGAUGAUGAGUGAUUUUGAAGGAAACGGUAUUGUCAAGGUAACCCAAGCUGCUACUCAUAUAGGAGAAGCAAUUGAAAACGAGGUCAGGAUACGACAUUUCUUUGAGAAGAAGAAACAACCGGAGAAACUAGCCGAAGAUCAAGACAAAUUGAGGAAAAAAGUCACCAAGCUGAUGAAACAACAGAAGUUGCAGAAAGUGAAUUUUAUAGUAAAAAAGCAUGAUGACUUAAAGCCUUGGGGCACGGAUGUUCAUGUGAAGGUUGGUUGCACCUUGAUUAAGUUUUUGAUAGAAACAGCCUAUAUUCAACCUCCAGUUGAUCAGUUAGGAGAUGCCCCACCUGAUCUUCGCCCUGCCUUUGUGCAUUAUCUUAAAACCUCCCCGAAAGAAACACAGAAACUUGGCAGGAGAUAUGGUGUUAUUGAAUGUGAUCCACUUGUUCGUCGAGGCAUGGUGAAAACUGCUGGGCACAUGGUCAUUCCGUAUAUGCCUAUGCUGGUGCCUCCUCUUAAUUGGACAGGGUAUGACAAAGGGGCAUACUUUUUCCUACCAUCAUAUGUUAUGCGAAUACGUGGGGCAAAACAGCAACGUGAAGCAGUUAGAAGGGCUCCAAGGACGCAACUAGAGCCUGUUUUUAAGGCACUUGAUAUACUUGGGAGUACCAAGUGGCGGGUGAAUAAAAGAGUACUUAGCAUUAUCGAGAGGAUAUGGGCUAGUGGUGGUCGUCUUGCUGACUUGGUUGACCGUGAAGAUCUUCCUCUGCCCGAGGAGCCAAGCGUGGAAGAUGAAGCAGAAAUUCGAAAAUGGAAGUGGAAAGUCAAGGCUGUGAAAAAGGAGAAUAGUGAAAGGCAUUCACAACGGUGUGACGUAGAGCUUAAGCUUGCGGUGGCCAGGAAAAUGAAAGACGAGGAAGGCUUUUACUAUCCUCACAAUCUAGAUUUCCGAGGUCGUGCAUACCCCAUGCAUCCAAAUUUGAAUCAUAUUGGUUCUGAUUUGUGUCGAGGCAUUUUAGAAUUUGCAGAGGGACGGCCUCUUGGGGAGUCCGGGUUACGUUGGUUAAAGAUACAUUUAGCAAAUCUGUAUGCUGGUGGUGUGGACAAGUUAUCUUAUAAGGACAGGAUAUCAUUUACCGAGAACCAUUUGGAUGAGAUUUUUGAUUCUGCAGACAGGCCUCUUGAAGGAUCCCGUUGGUGGUUGGGUGCAGAGGAUCCUUUUCAGUGCUUGGCAGUGUGUAUUAAUCUGUCAGAGGCGUUAAGAAGUCCCUCGCCGGAAACAACUAUUUCCCAUUUGCCUAUACAUCAGGAUGGUUCCUGCAAUGGCUUGCAACACUAUGCAGCUCUUGGGAGGGACAAGUUGGGAGCAGAAGCAGUUAACCUUGCAGCAGGUGACAAACCCGCGGACGUGUACUCAGGAAUUGCUUCCAGAGUUCUUGACAUAAUACGAAGUGAUGCAUUGAAAGAUCCUGCGAGUUAUCCAAAUGCAUUGCAUGCCAAACUCUUAAUCAAUCAGGUAGAUCGUAAACUGGUGAAGCAAACAGUGAUGACAUCAGUGUAUGGUGUUACUCUUGUUGGUGCCAAAGAUCAGAUUAGUCAAAGGUUGAAAGAAAGAGCAUCCAUCGGCAAUGAGCGACAGUUAUUUUCAGCUUCUUGCUAUGCAGCUAAAACUACCUUGACUGCUAUUGGGGAAAUGUUUGAAGAAGCAAAAUCUAUCAUGAACUGGCUUGGCGAAUGUGCGAAGGUGAUAGCUUCAGAAAAUAAGGAUGUUCGAUGGACCACUCCUCUUGGAUUGCCGGUGGUGCAACCUUACCGGAAGCCAGGAAGACAUAUCGUCAAGACUUCCUUGCAAGUGUUGAGUCUACAACGAGAAACUGACAAGGUCAUGGCUGCGCGUCAGAAAUCAGCAUUUCCUCCAAAUUUUAUACAUUCCCUUGACAGUUCUCAUAUGAUGAUGACUGCUCUCGCCUGCAAAAAUGCAGGCCUACACUUUGCAGGAGUCCAUGAUUCAUAUUGGACCCAUGCAUGUGAUGUCGACGAAAUGAAUAGAAUACUUAGGCAGAAGUUCGUUGAGCUAUAUGAGGCUCCUAUUCUGGAGAAUUUAUUGAAGGAAUUCAAAAAGUCUUUCCCCAACACAAAAUUUCCUCCUCUACCUGCUGGGGGAGACUUCGAUCUCAAAGAGGUUCUGAAGUCUCCCUAUUUCUUCAAUUAGGUCAACGUAAGAAUGCUUCAGUUGGAUGCUCUUCUCGUAUGUGCUACGUCGAUGACUAAUAAGACCUAUGAAAUGGGGUAGUAAUCUGCGAUUCACUGAAAUCUGUCUCUAGGGGCAAGUAAAAUUUGCUUCUUGAAGGAGACAAGCGUGACCUGGCAUCAAACCGCCAAGGUCAGUGUUGUCCUGAUACUUGUACAUAUACUUCAGAUUUUGGUACUCUGUAAACAUCUUGGAACUUGGAAGUUCAUCUGCUUUUCACUUAUGACACCUUGAAAGACUGGUGAUAAUAAACAAAAUGCUGCGUUUUGGAGGGGCGCUACCAAGUAUCUACCUUCAUGGUUGUCUGAUCUAUACGAAAGCUCGGAUAUACUGCAACCAAUUAGGGAUUCGGCAAUGCUGACAGACAGUAGCUUUUGUAGUGAAAAAAAGGAAGAACUCGACGCAAGCUUGUUAAUUCGAGGAGGAAUCCAUGGACGUACCCUUCCAUGGUUUUCAGAUUGCUGGAUUACUGGAAACUCACCGAUGACACUCCCAAAGAUCGCAGCUGGUUUGCUGUCAUGUAGUUUAAACUCUAAUAUUAAUUUUUGUUUAUUACAUAUUAUUUGUAGGAAAGUAGUAUUGCUUGGGGGGUCUUUUGUUUACUGUGUUUUAAAUUGUUGAUUUAUUCGCUAUUUUAAGGGAUAAAGUAUAAUAUCAACUUCUUUUUUGGUUA